CCCGCCGCGGGGUGACCCCGGCCCCGCCUGGCCCCGAGCCCGACCGCAAAUAUUUGCUCGGGGCCGUCCCGGAGCUCGAGCGGCCCGGGGACGCGGGGCCGCCGCCAUGCAGCCCGUGCUGGGGGUCCUGCUCGCCCUGGCCGCGGCUCUGGGCUCAGGCCACCGCUCGCCCCUCAAUGACUUCCAGCGCCUGCGAGCCACCGAGCUGCUGGCAGUGGCUGUGGACUCACUGCCAGCGCUGCCGGAGCAGGGCACUGCGGAGCAGUGUGCCCAGCGCUGUGCCACCAGCCUGGCUUGCCGGUCCUGCUGGCCCUGGCUUCACACGGUGACAUGCCAGAGUCCCGCUGUGCCUCCCAGGGCUUUCCACCAUGACCAGCAGAGCCAGUUGUGCCAGCUGCUGCCCUGGACCCAGCACUCACCCCGCAUCCAGCUGCAGAAGAACAUCCGCUAUGACCUGUACCAGAAGAAAGACUACCUGCGGGACUGCAUCGUGGGCGAUGGCUCCGGCUACCGCGGCACACGGGCCACCACGGAGAAGGGGCUGCGCUGCCAGCACUGGCAAGCCACAACACCACAUGAUCACAGGUUUCUGCCAUCCCCUCGCAAUGGGCUGGAGGAGAAUUACUGCCGAAACCCUGACCGGGACAAGCGGGGCCCGUGGUGUUACACCGUUGAUCCCAAUGUCCGGCACCAGAGCUGCGGCAUAAAGAAGUGUGAGGAUGCUGUCUGCAUGACCUGCAAUGGGGAGGAUUACCGUGGCACCGUGGACCACACCGAAUCAGGGACAGAGUGCCAGCGCUGGGACCUGCAGCACCCACACAAACACCCCUACCAGCCCAACAAGUACCCUGACAAGGGGCUAGAUGACAACUACUGCCGCAACCCUGACAGCUCCGAGCGGCCCUGGUGCUACACCACCGACCCCGAGCGGGAGCGCGAAUACUGCCGCAUCCGCAUCUGCACAGAAAAACGCCCACGGCCUGUCAAUGUCACCAAUGGCUGCUUCAGGGGCAAGGGUGAAGGCUACCGUGGCCAAGUGAACGUUACCGUGUCGGGGAUCCCCUGCCAGCGCUGGGACUCCCAGGUGCCCCAUAAGCACCACUUCGUGCCCGAGAAGUACCCGUGCAAGGACCUGCAGGAGAACUACUGCCGCAACCCCGAUGGAUCAGAGGCACCCUGGUGCUUCACCUCCCGCUCCACUGUCCGCAUCGCCUUCUGCUUCCACAUCCGCCGCUGCCCUGAUGAGCAGGAUGCCCAAGAGUGCUACCAUGGCCACGGCAAGCAUUACCACGGCCACGUCAGCAAGACCCGCAAGGGAAUCACCUGCCAGCCCUGGGCGGCCCAGACACCCCAUGUGCCCCAGAUCUCACCUGCCACCCACCCUGAGGCCCACCUGGAGGAGAACUACUGCCGCAACCCCGAUGACGACAGCCAUGGCCCCUGGUGCUACACCAUGGACCCCCGUACCCCCUUUGACUAUUGUGCCAUCAAGCCCUGUUCUGGCAGCACGGUGCCCUCCAUCAUGGAGAAUACAGACACAGUGACAUUUGAGCAGUGUGGCCAGCGGGAGGAGAGGCUGCAGCAGAAGGGGCGCAUCGUUGGUGGCCAGCCUGGCAACUCGCCCUGGACUGUCAGCAUCCGCAACCGGGCUGGUGUGCACUUCUGCGGGGGAUCCCUGGUGAAGGAGCAGUGGGUGAUCAGCACACGCCAGUGCUUCUUCUCCUGCGAUGCCGACCUGACGGGCUAUGAGGUGCAGCUGGGGACACUCUUCAAGGACCCUGGCCCUGGGGACCCUGACCAGCAGACCAUCCCCAUUGUGCGGAUUGUCUGCGGCCCCUCUGAGUCCCAGCUGGUGAUGCUGAAGCUAGCAAGGCCAGCCGCUCUGACCAGGCGUGUGGCCCUCAUCUGCCUGCCCCCCGAGCGCUAUGUUGUGCCUGCGGGCACUGUCUGCGAGAUCGCCGGCUGGGGGGAAACCAGAGGCACGGCGGACGGCAGCGUGCUGAACGUGGCACGGCUGCCGGUGCUGGCCCACAGCGAGUGCAACAGGGCACUGCGGGGGCGCCUGAAGGAGAGCGAGCUGUGCACCGCCCCGCUGCGUGCUGGUGUGGGAGCCUGCGAGGGCGAUUACGGCGGACCACUGGCUUGCCUCACCGCUGACUGCUGGGUGCUGGAGGGGGUGAUCACCCCUUCCCGUGUGUGUGCCCGCACUGACCUGCCCGCCCUCUUCAUCCGUGUUUCCCUCUAUGUUGACUGGAUCUACAAGGUGAUGAAGAUGGGUUGAGCUGGCAUUCCAGCCUGGCAUAGCUGCCACUGCACAAUAAAGGCACAGCCUUGGCCACAGGAGUCGA